AUGAACUUGAACGUGGAACUGAUCGUGAUAUUCUUAAUCCCAGGGGUAAGGUCCUCUAGCCGUACUCACAGCUUUGCACUCGUUACAUCAAUGGCAGUGUAUCUCAGCUUACGUGCCACACUUUCAAAACCUCUCAGAUCUUUACUGUAGCGAGUACAAAGUUCAAACUGGCCAUUGCAAUUCGAAUUCGGUCGCCGACGUUUUUUGUUUUUGUUACUGGGGCUCAUGAAUUGCAAUCCUUCGGGUUGGCUGGGACCGCUAGAAAAAGAGCUAAAAGAGGUUAUAAAGCAACGACGGCAAGCAAUUGGGUGAAAGUCAAACCCCUGCGCGCAAAGAGCGCUGCGCAGAUUGUAGAUUUUUUUUUUUUUGUAGAAACUGUUCAUCAUAUUGCCCCCAAUUCCUGUUCCCCCUGA